AUGGACGUGGACCUGGACGUGGACGUGGACGUGGACGUGGACGUGGACGUGGACGUGGACAUUGUCGUGGACGUGGACGUGAACGUGGACAUUGUCGUGGACGUGGACGUAGACGUGGACGUGGACGUGGUCGUGGACGUGGACUUGGACGUGGACGUGGACGUGGACAUGGACGUCGACGUGGACGUGGACAUGGACGUGGAUGUGGACGUGGAGGACUUGGAAGUGGACAUGGACGUGGACGUGGACGUGGACGUGGACAUGGACGUGGAUGUGGACGUGGAGGACUUGGACGUGGACAUGGACGUGGACGUGGAGGUGGACAUGGACGUGGACGUGAACGUGGACAUGGACGUGGACAGGGACGUGGACGUGGACGUGGACGUAGACGUGGAGGACUUGGACGUGGACAUGGACGUGGACGUGGACGUGGACGUGGACAUGGACGUAGAGGACAUUGACGUGGAGGACUUGGACGUGGACGUGGACGUGGACGUGGACGUGGACGUGGACGUGGAAAUGGACGUGGACGUGGACGUGGACGUAGACGUGGAGGACUUGGACGUGGACAUGGACGUGGACGUGGACGUGGACGUGGACGUGGACAUGGACGUAGAGGACUUUGACGUGGAGGACUUGGACGUGGACGUGGACGUGGACGUGGACGUGGACAUGGACGUGGACGUGGACGUGGACGUGGACGUGGACAUGGACAUGGACGUGGACAUGGACGUGGACAUGGACGUGGACAUGGACAUGGACGUGGACGUGGACGUGGACAUGGACGUGGACGUGGACGUGGACGUCGACAUUGUCGUGGACGUGGACGUGGACGUGGACAUUGUCGUGGACGUGGACGUAUACGUGGACGUGGACGUAGUCGUGGACGUGGACGUGGACGUGGACGUGGACGUGGACAUGGACGUGGACGUGGACGUGGACCUGGACGUGGACAUGGACGUUGAGGACUUGGACGUGGAGAUGGACGUGGACGUGGACGUGGACGUGGACGUGGACGUGCACGUGGACAUGGACGUGGACGUGGACGUGGACGUAGACGUGGACGUGGACGUUGACGUGUACGUGGACGUGGACGACUUGGACGUGGACGUGGACGUGUACGUGGACGUGGACGUGGACGUGGACAUAGACGUAGACGUGGAGGACUUGGACGUGGACAUGGACGUGGACGUGGACGUGGACGUGGACGUGGACGUGGACAUGGACGUAGAGGACUUUGACGUGGAGGACUUGGACGUGGACGGGGACGUGGACGUGGACGUGGACAUGGACGUGGACGUGGACGUGGACGUGGACGUGGACAUGGACAUGGACGUGGACAUGGACGUGGACAUGGACGUGGACAUGGACAUGGACGUGGACGUGGACGUGCACAUGGACGUCGACGUGGACGUGGACGUCGACAUUGUCGUGGACGUGGACGUGGACGUGGACAUUGUCGUGGACGUGGACGUAUACGUGGACGUGGACGUAGUCGUGGACGUGGACGUGGACGUGGACAUGGACGUGGACGUGGACCUGGACGUGGACAUGGACGUGGAGGACUUGGACGUGGAGAUGGACGUGGACGUGGACGUGGACGUGGACGUGGACGUGGACAUGGACGUGGACGUGGACGUGGACGUGGACGUGGACGUGGACGUAGACGUGGACGUGGACAUGGACGUGGACGUGUACGUGGACGUGGACGACUUGGACGUGGACGUGGACGUGUACGUGGACGUGGACGUGGACGUGGACAUAGACGUAGACGUGGACGACUUGGACGUGGACAUGGACGUGGACGUGGACGUGGAGGUGGACGUGGACGUGGACGUGGACAUGGACGUGGACAUGGACGUGGACGUCGAGGUGGACGUGGACAUGGACGUGGACGUGGUUGUGGACGUGGACGUGGACGUAGACGUGGACAUGGACGUGGAGGACGUGGACGUGGAGGACGUGGACGUGGACGUGGACGUGGAUGUGGACGUGGACAUGGACGUCGGUGUGAACGUGGACGUGGGCGUGGACGUGGACAUGGACGUGGACAUGGACGUGGACUUGGACGUGGACGACUUGGACGUGGAUGUGGACGUGGACAUGGACGUGGACGUGGACGUGGACGUGGAGGACUUGGAUGUGGACAUGGACGUGGACGUGGACGUGGAGGUGGACGUGGACGUGGACGUGGAGGUGGACGUGGACAUGGACGUGGACGUGGACGUGGACGUGGACGUAAACAUGGACGUGGACGUAGACGUGGACGUGGACGUGGACGUGGGGGACUUGGACGUGGACAUGGACGUGGACGUGGACGUGGACGUGGACGUAGACGUGGAGGACGUGGACGUGGACGUGGACGUGGAGGUGGACGUGGACGUGGACAUGGACGUGGUCGUGGACGUGGACGUGGAGAUGGACGUGGACGUGGUCGUGGACGUGGACGUGGACGUGGUCGUGGACGUGGACGUUGACGUGGACGUGGACGUGGACAUUGACGUGGACGUGGACGUGGACGUGGACGUGGACGUGGAGGACUUGGACGUGAACAUGAACGUGGACGUGGACGUGGACGUGGAAGUAGACGUGGAGGACUUGGACGUGGACAUGGACGUGGACGUGGACGUGGAUGUGGACGUGGACCUGGACGUGGUCGUGGACGUGGACAUGGACGUGGUUGUGGACGUGAAAGUGGACGUGGAUAUGGUCGUGGACGUGGACGUGGACGUGGACGUGGACGUGGAGGUGGACGUGGACGUGGACGUGGACGUGGAUGUGGAGCUUGCCUGGUCGAGUAGCGUGCCUUGUCCAAGGGCUUGCGUGAUCCAGGAGCAUGCUUGGAGCGUGCGUGGUCUAGGAGCUUGCUUGGACAAGGAGCUUGCCUGA